AUGUCAUCCGGUGCCCCUGGAGGUCCCCCUUAUCCGCGGGGCCCUCCGCCCUUCGCCGGCCCUCCGCCAGCCGGCGUGCGGCCCCCAUUCGGCGGCCCUCCGCCGUUUGCGGGGCCGCCAGCCUUCGCCGCUCCUCCCGCGGGUCCUCAGGGCUCCGCGCCUCCCCCUUAUAGAGGCCCCACUCCGCCUUCCGCCACCAGUCACCCUCCGCCAGCCUUCGCGCAACCCCCCGGUGCGCCGACGGGACCUCCGCCUGGCGCGCAACCACCAGCCGCUCUUGGGGGGUUCGUUCCGCCGAAUAGACCAGGCGCGCGCCCGCCAGGUCCGCCAUUUGCUGGUGCGCCGCCGGUAGGUCCUCCGCCGGGGGUAGCCAACGGACCUUUGGCGGGUGCGCCUCCCCCUGGUCCUCCCCCUUAUGGCCAACCUCCGACCGCAGCGGCUGCGCCUUCCGCCUUUCAGCAGCGCCCCGGUCCGCCGCCUUUCGGAAGACCAACUGGCGCUCCCUCUGGUCCUCCGCCAGUGGCGGGUUCCGCACAGCCGCCUCCGCCGUUUGCUGCGCGGCCGCCUGGUUCUGCGCCGUUUCUUCCCCCAGGCCCGCCUCCGAUAGGCGCAGGCGCGCAGGGUCCCGCAUUUCCGCCACCCGUAGGUGCUCCGCCAGGUGCUCCGCCAACUGGCCCUCCCCCGGGAUAUGGAUCUGCGCCUGCUGCCCCCCCUCCGCCGUUUUCUUCCGCCCCUGCGCCUCCGCCUUAUGGAUCCCAACCUCCGCCUCCCCCCGGAUACCCCCCGACCGCGCAACAUUCCGCGCAAUUUGGCGCGCCUGUUUCACAGCCUCCCGCCGCGCCCUCCUUUGGCGCGCCUCCCCCCUUCGGCGCUCCUCCCCCGCAACCCCCCGCUCCGCUUGGUCCCCCGCCUACAGGCGCAGCGGCAACCCCCCCUGCCAUGGCGCAAGCAGCAGCCGCGCAAGCAUUGGCGGAAGACCUCCAGUCACUCGCGAUCGGCGGAGGGCCCGGCGCAGGGGGAGCGGACGCGGUAGACUACUCCGCGCUCCCCCGGCCAGCGGGGGUAGCGAUCGGCGGAGAAGAUACCGCGGGGGGAGCAGAUGGCGGGGAGGAGGCGCUUGACGGGUGGGGGGAAGGCUUGGUGGGGGGAGGAUUGGCGGAGAUCGAGGGGAAUGCGCAUCCGCGGUACUUUAGAAUGACCUGCGGGGCGAUUCCGGACUCCCAGUCGCUCCGGAGCAGGUGGCACCUGCCGCUGGGGGCGGUGCUGCAGCCCCUCGCUCCCACUCCUCCCGGGGUAGGUACCAACCGGUGGGGCACGGGCAGGCGCACGGACUGGCAGCAGCGGCCGGAGCUGAGCCGCGGCAGUGUGGAGUUCGUAGCGCCUGUGGAGUACAUGGUCCGCCCGCCCAUGCCGCCGACUUUUUUCUUCCUCAUCGAUGCUUCAGUUAACAACGCCCGCUCAGGAGUGUUGCAGGUCAUAUCCGAUGCAAUUCGAGCCUGCCUCGACUCGCUCCCAGGGGACACGCGCACACGCAUCGGCUUUCUGCUCUUCGACUCGGCGCUGCACUUCGUCUCCCUCAAGCCCUCCCUCUCGCAGCCCCACAUCCUCGUCUCAGCCGACAUUGAAGACCCCUACCUGCCUCUGCCCGAGGAUGAACUCCUGGUCAACAUGCACGAGAGCCGCCCUGUGGUCGAGGCAUUCUUGGACGCGCUACCGAACCUCUUUGCCAACUCGGUCAACGUGGAGUCUGCUAUGGGGCCUGCUCUUAAGGUCAUGUCUCUGCUCGUGAGCCAGCUGGGCGGGAAGGUUCUCCUGUUUCAGUCCACCAUGCCCUCUCUAGGCGCGGGCCGGCUGCGGUUGAGAGGGGACGAUCCUCGCCUGUACGGCACGGACAGGGAGUAUACAGUUCGCUGCUCUGAAGACGCCUUUUACAAGACAACAGCGGCGGAGUUCUCCCGAGCGCAGAUCUGUGUGGACGUGUUUGUCUUCAGCAGCAAGUACUGCGACCUGGCCUCGCUCGGCACCUUGGCGCGCUACACGGGCGGGCAGGUGUACCACUUUGGUGGCUUCCACCUGACCAACGAUGGGGACAAGCUGCGCAGCCAGAUCGUGAGGAACCUCACGCGGGAGACGGCGUGGGAGUCAGUGAUGCGCAUUCGGUGCAGUAAAGGCCUGAAAAUCGCCACAUUCCACGGGCACUUCUUCAUCCGCAGCAGUGACCUACUGGCCAUCCCAGCAGCGGACGCGGACAAGGGCUACGCCGUGCAGAUCUCCCACGAGGAGGCCGUGCUGGCAAACCAAACCACCGCCUACCUGCAGUGCGCGCUGCUGUACACGUCGUCGUGCGGGGAGAGGCGCAUUCGAGUGCAUACGUUAGCAGUGCCGAUUGUGAGGGAUAUGGCGGAGUUGUACCGGCGGUGCGACGUGGGAGCGACAGCGGCUGUUCUUGCAAAGAUAGCUCUCGACAAGUCGCUCACAUCGCGCCUCGAGGAGUGCCGCCAGCUCAUCCAGAACAAGACAAUGCUCGCCCUCCGGGAGUACCGCAUCCUGACAGCCGGCUCCGCCGCUCUCUCCCGCACAUCCGGCUACGGCAUGCCGUCCGCACCACCCACCAACCCCUACGGCCACCCAUCGCACCUGCACCAGCCGAACCUCCCCCAGCAACGCCUGGUCUUUCCUGAGUCCCUCCGGCUGCUGCCGCUGUACACGCUCGCUCUCUGCAAGUGCCCCGCGCUGAGAGGAGGCUUCCAGGAAAUGGGGGCGGACGCACGGGCGGCAGCGGCGUUUGAGAUGAUGGUGGUGUCUGUGGGGAGGACGCUGAGAAUGCUGUACCCACGGCUGAUGCGCGUUGAUGUGAUGCCGGGACAGUGCGGGGUACAAGACGGCGCGGGCCUUGUCAAACUUCCCCGCGCCCUGCCGCUCGCCACGUCAUCGCUCGACCCGCAGGGCGCGUUCCUAUUGGACGACAGCACCGGCCUCACGCUCUGGCUGGGCGGCGCGCUGCCAGCUGGCACCGCCGCCCAGAUCGUGGGACAGGAUGCUCUGAACGCCUCCGAUAUCAGCCUGGUUCCCUUCAUUCCUCCACCCGACAGCCCACUUGCCGGCCGAAUCUCAGCCAUAGUAGACGCCCUGCGCAGCGGGGAUUUCCCGGGCGGCAACGGCAGCAAAGGGGGUGGCGAGGUUUGUCAUCAAGCGGUGCAGCUGCUGCGGCAGGGCGGCAGCGGUGAGCUGGCGUUCUACCAUUCGUUCGUGGAGGACAGGAGCGCCACGGGCAUGGGGUAUGGGGAGUUUGUGGUUCACCUGGCGAGACAGGUGCAGAUAUUCUCUACCAUGGGGUCCGGCCGUCGAGCCGUGCUCCCUCCGGGGUCGCGAGUGGCGUGCCUCGCUUCCUGGGAUAACCUCUACCAUGCUGGAGAGGUGGUAACCACCAGACGUGCUGCUGAUAGGGAUGGCAAGGGGUCUGACAAGGGGAUAGCAGCAGGCGGGCCGCUGACCAACAAAGAAGCUGAUUUUGUGGAUGCUUCUUCAGUGGAAUACUAUAUACACUACCCUGAUCGUCAUGUGCACGGCCAUGCUGACGUGGACGCCAAGAGGCCGGCUGAGGUGGCUGCUGUCUUGGACACAGCGGCCCACUCUCCAACUGCUGAUGGACCUAAAAGGAGACGACUAGACACGUCGGGUGCUGCUGUUGCUGGCUCAAGACUACACGCAGGGGAAUCUGCGGUCCCUCGUACCCUUGACAGCACAGCUGCUGCCGGGGCAGGUGAGGAUGUGGCUGCGUGGGAGCGGCAGAUGCGAGUGAAGAAUGUUGAGACGGUGGAGAUUGGUGACCAUGAGAUUGACUCGUGGUACUUCUCCCCAUAUCCACUGCACCUCACCAGCACGGGUCGUCUCUUCAUCUGUGACGCCUGUCUCAAGUACUCCACCACUCCCGCAGCCUAUGAGCGACACUUGGCCAAGUGCCAGCAGGUUGUUCCGCCAGGGGAGGAGGUCUACCGUGCCAGGCUCUUCCCUCCUGCCUCUGCUGUCCCCACUGCCACACUUCCUGCCCGUGAGCCUGCCGCUGGUAACCCUAUUUCCCCUCCGUGUACCACACCUGCUUCCAUGCUUGUUCCUGCUCUCACGCGUGCUCCUUGUCUAUCCCUCCUGGGAAAGCUCUUUCUGGAGCACAAGCCACGGGUCUACACCAUUGAGGGCCACACCUUCUAUGUCCUCACAAGGGGUUCUGACACGUGGCAUACUCUCAUUGGCUACUUUGCCAUUGAGUCUUCUCUUCAAGCCUCCCCACUACCCAAGCGCGACUCUCCGGCAGCAGGCACUGAGGCGGCUGAUCCUGCAAAUCCACUCAACAAAAAGGAGGUUGAGGCGACUCUUGAGGCGCGUCAGGGGCUGGCAAAUCCACACAGGCUUGAAGCAAAGGCAGGGGCGGGGGCUCCCAAUGCGGCUCAAGAGCCGGGUGGUUCACGCAGGAAGGAGGUUGAGGCGACUCUUGAGGCGCGUCAGGGGCUGGCAAAUCCACACAGGCUUGAAGCAAAGGCAGGGGCGGGGGCUCCCAAUGCGGCUCAAGAGCCGGGUGGUUCACGCAGGAAGGAGGUUGAGGCGACUCCUGAGGCACGUCAAAAGCUGGCUGAUCCACGCAGGCUCGAAGCAGACGCAGAGGCGGCUCCUAAGGCGCCUCGAAUUCUGGGUGAUUCACACAGGCUGGAUGAGACGCGCACAGCAGCUGUAAGCCCACCAAGGGACAUGGGAGCAGGUUCACCAAUGCAACUUGAGGUGCCACACGGGUCACCAUCGCCAUCACCAUCAUCAGCACCCGCCAUUCUCCAUCUCUCCAGUGUUGUCGUGCUGCCUCCCUUCCAGCGGCGCGGGUUCGGCCGAUGGCUCAUCUCAGUCGCCUACGAUUUGGCGUCAACCAAUCAGCAGUUUCUAGUGCCCAAGCCUCCCCUCUCUGACCUGGGCACUGUGGCCUUCAGAAGCUACUGUCGCUGGCAGCUUCUGCACUCUCUGAAGAAGCUUCAAGGAAGCUGCAGCAUCAAUAGUCUAUCCAAGAGCACGGCAAUAAAGCCAGAGGACAUUAGGAUGGCUAUGAAGCAACUCAAACUCACAAAGUACUGUGAUGUCAGUGGCAACAUCAGUGUGUCGCCCAGUGUCCUCAGCAAGAAGACAAAG